AAGAUGACGAUAUUUCACCUGCAUCGCUCCCGAGAAGAUAAGCGCCAGAAGAUACACGACAAGAUUAUCAAAACCCACGCCGCGAUCGAAGAUUAUCCCGAUGGAUUCCUAAAUCCUUGGAAACUGUUGGCGCUCAAGAUCGAAGUUUCGCAGGUCUCAGUGAGCACGAAGGGUACAAUCAUGUUCAGGCCACGCUUUUUUCUUCCUUUGUCCCCCCAGUCUGUACGCACAUAUCUCUCGACAGAUCCGUCGAUCAAAACAGGCCUCGAUGAAGGAAAGCCGGAGUAUAUGGGAUGCCCAGCCUCUCGCAUUAGUAUAGUUUCCGUUGCACGAUGCCCAUUUAUACUCGACCUCUGCCGAGAUAAAUUUGCGACGGCCGUACAGAAAGGUUUCUGCUUGGAUAAUCUGACCGGCCUUCGAGAGUGUGGUGCGACCAAUAAGGGAAAGUGGAAGCAUCAGCCGAACUUUGAGUUGAUCGAUGGACAGCCUUCUACCGAUGGAUGGCAGAUUCUCCGCAUUUUAGAAGACGUGGAGCAUGAGGUACCACAUGUUGUUUUCGAUCUCCGCCAGAAUAUCGAUGUCGAUAAGGUGAAAUGGCUCACAGUGGGCGAGUUGAAGGCCAUACUGAGAGUGAUGGCGGUCCGUAUGGAAUUGGAUUGCUACCGACAACAUCUGGUAAUGCCAGUAAGUCGUUCACAUGCCCUCUCGGUAUCCGGUUUUCGUUCGAGCACACUGACAGCUGCGCAGGUCCUGGUUGUGUCGUACUUGAAUUCAGCGCAUGGACGAAUCCUGCAAGCGCAUCAUGAUGGCAAACGAGUGGUCAUCCAACAUACGAAAGUCCUCGACUUUGAAGGACUCAAGCAUCAGCCGGUUGAACUCUUCCUCCGCUACUACGGCAGUCAGCCUAUAGGGAAAACCGCCAAAAUUUAA